AUGGCCACUGUUGGUAUGGAACUACCUGAUCUCCCAGAUGUUCAAACUACACCGGGCCACAAGAGGAAGCGCGCGUCGGAUUCGACAUCUCCGGAGUCGCGCCGAAACAAGCGGGGAGCUCCGGCCGCCGCCAUGACUGUGCCUGAUGCCGACGCGCAGGCGUUCCUAGAGAACACUGUGAGCAUCGCGCAGGCUGCGCAGGAUCAUGUCAAUGUCGAUGACUUCAGCGCUCUAGCGCAGGCCACAGCUGAUCACAGCGAUGCAGCCGACACGGCUAAUGCCUCGAGCACGGCUGCUGCGGCCCUGAACAUGUAUCCCACACUACAUGUCCCGCCCUCUACAGAAGAGACGUUUGCGGCCCAGGCCGUGGCGGAUUCGCACCACCACGAUGACUCGUUCAACGCCUCUAGUGUCAGUCAACCCGAUGGCCUCCCGAUGGCCUCGUCAUCCUCGAUGCAACCAAACGGGGUCUCGCAGGACGCGAGAUAUGGGUUAGGCUCCAACCCCAAACCUGCUGUGGGCUCUGAGGAGUGGCACAAGAUGCGCAAGGACAACCACAAAGAAGUCGAGCGCCGGCGUCGUGAGACAAUCAAUGAAGGCAUUAACGAGCUCGCAAAGAUUGUCCCGGGGUGCGAGAAGAAUAAAGGCUCCAUCCUCCAGCGCGCCGUGUCAUUUAUCACGCAACUCAAAGAGAACGAGACACAGAACAUCGAGAAGUGGACGCUCGAGAAACUUCUGACGGAGCAAGCCAUUGCCGAGCUCAGCCAGUCCAAUGACAAACUCAAGCAUGAGUGCGAGCGUCUCUACCGCGAGCUCGAGGCGUACAAAAGGAUGGCGCAGACAGCGGGCCUGCAGCCACCGCAGCAAAAAGAAGAGCCCGGCACGAACAACUAG